CCGCCUUUCUUGCAUUUUUAGGGAAUUAUUUCCUUCAAAUGGAAAAUUCCUCUACCUAAACACACCCUUUCUCUCUCUGGCUAAAAUUUUUUCUGUGAGACCGCACGUUUCCAAAAAUUUUCCCGAGAAAAUAUGGACUCCAUGCCAGUGAAUUGGGAAGCUCUCGAUACUCUAAUCAUCGAUUUCGCCAAAUCUGAGAACUUAAUAGAAGACUCGGUCACGUGCACUUCAUCGUCCUCGCCUUCCUCCUCGCCUUCCUCAUCGUCUUAUCAUCAGCGACUGAUAAUUCGUCAGAUCAGACGGUCAUUAGAGGUUGGCGACAUUGAUGCCGCCACGGAUCUUCUUCGGGUCCAUGCUCCUUUCAUCCUCGACGAUCAUCGGUUUCUGUUUCGAUUGCAGAAGCAGAAAUUUAUUGAGCUUUUGAGGAGAGGAACUGCCGAGGCUCGUGAUUCUGCGAUCGACUGUCUAAGGACUGUUCUUGCUCCUUGUGCUCUUGAUGCUUACCCGGAAGCAUAUGAGGAAUUUAAGCAUGUUCUUCUUGCAUUCAUAUAUGAUAAAGAUGAUCCAACUUCUCUUGUGGCACCUGAGUGGUCUGAAAGGAGGAGGUUUGACAUUGCUGGAUUAAUAUCCUCUGUUUUAAGAGCUCACAUGCAUGCAUAUGAUCCACUCUUUUCAAUGACAUUGAGAUAUUUGAUAAGCAUACACAAAGGAUUUUGCUUUCGUGAAAGAAUGUCAUCACCCAUUUCAGAUCUUACUGAGAGGUUGCUCCUUGAGGAACGCGAUCCCCCAGCAACCCCCCAAGAGAGUCUAUAUGAGGUUCCUCCGUUUGAUGAGGUGGACAUACAAGCACUUGCACAUGCUGUAGAGCUUACAAGACAAGGGGCUAUUGAUAGCUUGAGAUUUGCUAAGGGUGAUUUAUUUCAGGCAUUUCAGAAUGAAUUAUGCCGGGUGAGAUUGGAUGUUUCCAUGCUUGAUGAGCUUGUUCGAGAAUAUUGCAUUUAUAGGGGUAUUGUGGACUCUGGACUUGCAUCUUCUUCUGUUUCAGGAGUUCGAACCCUUUCUGAACCUCUAAAAGUUGAUCAGCCGGAUCCUGGGUAUUCAUCGUCAAGAAGCUGCUCUUUAGAAGUGGAUUGUGAAACCAAUAAACAUUCAGAUGGUGAAAGUUCCAUCAGCAAUGCUCAUAUGAAUAACUCUCCUGAAAUUAAUGCUGAUGUGGUGGGCACACCGAGAACAGAUGUUGAAAUAAGAUACUCUUGUGAGCCGACAGGCAACCGUGAUGAUUGCAGCACCAGUGAAACACAUCGGCCAGAAAAUUCAAGGGUUCUGCAAAGACACAGAAGUCAUGGAACUGGAGAAAGGAGCAAACGCAAACGAUGGAGGGGGAGAUAUGAUAAACAUGAUUAUGUUCCUGAUGUUCAGCAAGAACUUACUGCUACUACCCUGGCUAUCGGCACAAAUUUGUUGGGGGGACAACAGGGCCUGGAAAAUCAUUCCACUGUAGAUCCUAUUGGCAAUAGGGAGAAUAUGUAUGAGACUGUGCUGGCAAUGAAGGAGCUAGCUAGCAGAGGGAUGGCUGCUGAGGUUGUGGAAGAAGUCAACGGUAUAGACCCAGAGUUUUUUGUGCAAAAUCCUGUUUUGCUAUUCCAGCUUAAGCAGGUUGAGUUUCUUAAGCUUGUCAGCUUGGGUGAUCAUUCUAGUGCUCUAAGGGUUGCCUGCUCUCAUUUAGGUCCUUUAGCAGCUAAUGACCCUUCGUUGCUGAAGGCUUUGAAGGAGACUUUGUUGGCAUUGCUGAGACCUAAUGAAGAUGCCCUUGGAAAAGGCUUGCCCUUACAUGCUCUUGCUACUUCACUUCAGGUUGCUAUUGGUCGGUGGCUUGGUAUUGAAGAGCCCCAGCUUAUGAAGAUAAUGAGAGCAACUCUUCAUACGCACAAUGAGUGGUUUAAAAUUCAAAUGUGUAAAGAUCGUUUUGAAGGUCUUUUGAAGAUAGAUUCCUUGAAAGAAAUGAAUACCCCACUGCUUUCAAAUGCUGUAUCAAAGUCUAAUGCAGACACCUCCACCAAUGGAUCUUCCCAAGUUACAGUAUCUUCAAGUGGUAGGAUGGUGGAUGAUGGCAGCAGUCCAACUCAAAUGUCAUCUAGAGAUGUUGUAUGUGAUGAAAAUGCAAUACUUAAAGUAAUGGAGUUUCUUGCUUUGCCUAGGGCUGAUGCUAUCCAUCUUCUUGCACAGUAUAAUGGAAAUGCCGAGACUGUUAUUCAGCAAAUAUUUGCUUAGUUUGUAUUGUAAAAGUGUUGUAAAAUCCAAUCUAUUUGUUUUAUUUUAAUCAGAGCAUUAUUUUAUUCAA